UUAUGUUUCAGUACCUCGGACAGCACCAUGGAGCAUUUGUAUGGAGCUAUAUCAGGGUCAUACGUUUUGAUCAUUCAAAAAAAUACAAUUUAUUUGAAAUUUCAAGUUUUUAUCCUGAACUUUGAAAAAUAUAAUGAUGUAUUCAAACUAAAAAUAAGUAUUUGAUUAAUUGUUCAGGUUAAAUAUUAUCUUGAUUCAGUUCAGCAAUUUGUUAGAAUAAAAUAUUUAUUUUCUUAUUUUACUUUUACACAUAUUUUGAUAUUUGAAUCCUUAUUUUUUUUAGUUGCAGAUUUUACGCUUUCAGAUUCAAAACAAUUAUUUUGUUAAGUUUCAAACCUUGUUUUUUUAGGUUUCACAUUUGUUUUCGCCUUCAGAUCGUUUUUCACUUUCAGAUCUUUUUUUUCGCUUUCAAACUUGAAUUCUGAUGUUGCUUGGGGGGCGGGGCUUACCAAAGAGUAGUUUGUCAUCCUUAGUGACAGCCCUCCCUCUGUCAUGUUGCCUUCAUGGAUGUUAGGUAUAGCGCGAGAAAUAUAACUCAAUACAUACAUUUGAAAACAAGUUGUUUGGUGUGACAGAAAAUGGUUAGUUGUCCCCAUACUAUGACUGUCGACAUAUUUGAACAUGUUUUAUUUACACAUUUAGAUUGUAGUUGAAUCAAUAGAUUAUUUAACUAUGGCUACAUAAUAUAACAACUGUAUUCAAGUUAUUUCCCCAGCUUUCCAUCUCUCCCCUCUUACAACACAUGGUGUGCAGUGUUGUUAUUUGAACUCAAUGGGCCGCUGUUGCCUAGUCUGUUGCAGUUGUAGUAUAUUUAAAGCAGUACCGCCUUUUCAUGUCGAUGUGUUCGAGAGAGAGGGCAGUCGCAGACCGCCGUGUCUUCCGGAGCCGUUAAACACGGCUUAGAAAAAAUACUUAAUAUUUCCACUUCAAAUUUGAGGACUGGUUUUGCUUCAUAUUUUUUAUUUGAAUGCUCGUUCACCUUUCUGACGGAUUUACGAGUUUGUUCUUCCUUUUUCUGAGAUAAUUUUAAACAAUGAGACGGCAAGUACUGUUGUUUAUUACGAUCCUCUCUCUUGGUUCAGUCUUCGGGCAGGUCAGCUACUCUGUACCGGAGGAGAUGGCCAAAGGCUCUUUGGUUGGUAAUAUAGCUCUGGAUUUGGGUUUGGACUCUAAACGCUUGAGGUUGGGUAACGCUCGUGUUUAUUCUGGUGAUAGCAGAGAAUACAUGGAGCUGAACAGCGAGAGAGGAGUCCUCCUUAUUAAAGAGAAAAUAGACAGAGAGGCGUUGUGCGGUGAUACGACACCAUGUGCUGUGCAUUUCCAAAUUGUCUUAGAGAAUCCUAUGGAAUUUUACAGUGUAACAGUUGAAAUUACUGAUAUUAACGAUAAUGCACCAACCUUUGAAAAAGACGAAAUCAAAUUCAUAAUCAGCGAAUCUGCAGUCGUCGGUGCAAAAUUCGAUUUAGAAAGAGCAGUUGAUUUGGAUGUAGGUAUAAAUAGUCUUCAAAGCUACGUACUUAAGCCAAGCGAUAAUUUUCUACUCAAACUGCACAACCAAGCCGAUGGUACAAAGAAUGUUGAGAUGGUCUUACAAAAACCUCUAGACAGAGAGAAAAAUGAGUUAAUUUAUUUGGCUCUGACGGCUGUAGACGGAGGAGAACCACAGAUGUCAGGGACAAUGCAGAUUAUCAUCACAGUGUUAGAUGCCAAUGACAAUGCACCUGUUUUUACGCACCCAAUUUACAAAGGCACUGUUUCUGAAAAUGCUGCGAAAGGCACGAUAGUGAACACGGUCAGUGCGUCAGAUGCUGAUCAUGGAUUAAAUGGAAAAAUAACAUACUCAAUCACAAACACUUUAGAUGACGUCAGACAUAUGUUUGAUAUAAAUGAGGACAGCGGUGAGGUUAAGUUGAUUGGACAUUUAGAUUAUGAAAAGAAACGAACUUUCCAGAUCAAUGUACGGGGAAGAGAUAACGGGGGGCUUACUGAUUCUUGUAAAGUGAUAGUCGAUGUAGUAGAUAUAAAUGACAAUGAGCCAACGAUCAAAAUCAUGUCUAAAUCUACUAUUAUAUCAGAAAGUGCAAACCCCAAAACAGUCGUUACAAUGAUUAACAUCCAAGACCCAGACUCAGGUGAAAAUGGUAGAGUUCAGUGUUUUAUAAAUGAAAAUAUUCCUUUUGAAUUUAAAUCAACUUCAAAUAAUUUCUAUAGUUUAGUGACAGAUAGUGAUUUAGACAGAGAGAUAGCGUCUCAGUAUAAUAUCACAGUGACCUGCUCUGAUGAGGGAGUGCCCUCCCUCUCCAGCAGCGUCACUCUCACCUUACAGAUCUCUGAUGUGAAUGAUAACGCUCCUGUCUUUGAGAGCAGCUCAUAUGAGGCCUACAUUGUAGAAAACAACACACCAGGCCUCUCUGUAUUCACAGUGAGAGCCAGAGACACUGACUGGAACCAGAAUGCCCGUGUUUCUUACAUCCUGGAGGACUCCUCUGUUAACGGAGUGCCAGUCUCCUCAUAUGUGUCCGUUAGUGCUGAUAGUGGAGUCAUCCAUGCAGUGCGCUCUUUUGACUACGAGCAGAUCAAAGACUUCCACUUCCGGAUCAAAGCUCAGGAUGGAGGCUCUCCUCCACUGAAUAGCAAUGUGACUGUGAAAAUACUGAUCCAGGACCAGAACGACAACCCUCCUCAGGUCCUGUACCCAGUCCAGACUGGUGGCUCUCUGGUGGCUGAGAUGGUGCCUCGUUCAGCAGAUGUGGGCUAUCUGGUCACUAAAGUGGUGGCUGUUGAUGUGGACUCUGGACAGAAUGCCUGGCUCUCCUAUAAACUGCAGAAAGCCACAGACAGGGCGCUGUUUGAAGUGGGCUUACAGAAUGGAGAAAUAAGGACUAUCCGCCAGGUGACUGAUAAAGAUGCUGUGAAACAAAGACUGUCUGUUAUAGUGGAGGACAACGGGCAGCCCUCUCGUUCAGCUACAGUCAUUGUUAACGUGGUGGUGGCUGACAGCUUCCCGGAAGUGCUGUCUGAGUUCACUGACUUUACACAGGACAAGGAGUACAAUGACAACCUGACUUUUUACUUAGUGCUGGCUCUGGCUGUAGUGUCCUUCCUCUUCAUCACGUGUUUGGUGGUUAUUAUAUCAGUGAAGAUCUACAGGUGGAGACAGUCUCGCAUCAUGUUUCACUCCAAUCUCCCUGUGAUUCCUUAUUAUCCUCCACGUUAUUCAGACACUUUGGGGACAGGGACUCUCCAACACGUGUACAACUACGAGGUGUGCAGGACAACUGACUCCAGAAAGAGUGACUGUAAGUUCGGCGGAGCAGGUAGUCAGAACGUGCUGAUAAUGGACCCCAGUUCUACAGGGACGAUGCAGCGGAUACAGAGUGAAAAGAGCAUCCUGGAUGAACCUGAUUCUCCUCUAGAGCAAAAGCCCCCCAACAAUGACUGGCGCUUCACUCAGGGACAGAGACCCGGACCUAGUGGUCCCCACAUGCCAUACGGUACACACAUACGAUGGACGCCGAAGAGUGGGACAAGUGCAACCGGAGGACCCGAGGUUGCCAUGGGAACUGGCCCCUGGCCCCAGCCGCCAACUGAGGCUGAGCAGCUCCAGGCCCUGAUGGCUGCAGCUAACGAAGUGAGCGAGGCUACGGCCACCUUGGGACCCGGCACCAUGGGCCUGAGCACCCGGUACAGCCCCCAGUUCACCCUGCAGCACGUGCCCGACUAUCGCCAGAACGUCUACAUCCCCGGUAGCACGGCCACCCUCACCUCAAACCCCCAGCAGCAGCAGCAGCAGCAGCAGCAGCAGCAGCAGCAGCAGCAGCAGCAGCAGCAGCAGCAGCAGCAGGCCACUGCCCAGCAGGCAGCCCAACAGGCGCUGCCCCCGGCCCAGAUGGCGGCCCAGAUGUCAGCCCAGAUGUCGGCCCAGAUGUCGGCCCAGAUGUCGCCCCAGCCCGAGCCCCCCAAGGCCGCCCAGACCCCUGCCUCCAAGAAGAAGUCCACCAAGAAGGAGAAGAAGUAGAGUUCGAUGGAGAGAGAUGGAGGAAAGAUAAACCCGGCCUGUUCUGAUGAGAAAUUCAACCCCCCGUACCCCCCCCCCCCCCAUUAGGUAUCUUACUGCUCUGCUGUCCCUCUUGUUAGCCACGGUCUAACUAACGACAGCAGCACCUUUGACCAUGUGGACUUUGGAUGGAUGUUGAUGGUUCUUUGAAAGUGUCUUGAAUGUGCCGAAGGCUAUUGUUGGUGUUGAUUACCCGUGCUGUGCUAAAGGUCUAGUAUUGCUCACAUAAUCUUUGUCAGUAGAUAAUUUUGGCAGGAUAUGGGGGGGUUAUUGUGUUUUUUAUUUUUGUUUUGGCAAAUGAUCUUGGACAUAGAGAUUCAGUGUAAGUAACCUUGCUGGGAUUACAAGGCUAUAUGCAGUGAUGUAUUCAGAGAUGAAAUGUUAAUGUCUUUCAUGUUGGAUUUAUUGUGCUCUUUCCCACGGCGGAAAGACGGCUAUUGUAAAGUACGCUAGUUGCCAUCCAUUAGAUUCCUAUAUAGGAUCAGCCUUGCAGGAUCUUAAAGCAUAAGUCCUGAUGAUAUAAGGCUGUUGUUUGACAGGUAUUACAAACUCUUCUGCAUGCUCUUUAAGGUUCAAACCACAUAUACUAGUUUAGAGUUGCAAACUAUGCAUUUCAAAAGCAAAGAGGAGGACAUCCUAAAUCUGUUAUCCUCCCACCAAUCGCAUGUCAAUAGAAUGCACAUGUAGCAUUUAAUUGACUCAAAACAAAAAAAAAACGUUUUGUAAUCAUAGUUUAAGAAAAAUAAGAUUUGAACCUCCUGAUAUUUUUAUGACCAGAGCAUGCACCCAGAGGACGGGCAGGGAGAGGGUGUGGCGGCAUGGUGUUGAGUCACCAGCCAUGCUGUCCUUGCUGGUAGAAGUGUGUCUUAUAUAACACCAGAUGGGCACAAACAUGUCCUGCUGCCCUGCACCCUUUAGCCUCCCCCUCCACACCCAGAUCCUCCCCUCCCCUCACUCACUUCCCCACGUUGGGAGCCAAACAAAGAGAAAUGCACUGAUCGUAAUUUGAAGAUGAGAUGUAGGGGUAGUAAUCACUUCGUUCUUUUGGGAAAUGCAUAGAUGUGGUAAACUUAAGUUCUUAGGAGUCCCUGGACACUUUGCAGGAGUAUUUACCCCUCACACUCUCGAAGUGUUGAAGAAACUUCUUGAUGUGACGCAGAAAGAUAUGUUUUUCUUUGGGAGAUUUAAUAGCAUAGAGGAAUUGUUUGUUUUAUGAUAUGAAGUCUUUACUUUGCCGUCCAUCUGUCUGUCAGGCUUCUGGCCGGAUACAACUGCAUGAGAAAAAAGCAGAUUGCAGGCUGGGUCAGGGGGAGUGGAGGGGAAGUGGUGAGGGUUACACAGACUCGGUGGACCCCAUUACAUCAACCGGGGGGGGGGGAACAACUUGGCUCUACCCACUGAAUGUACAGAGGAACCACUGUUGAUCUGUCCUUCUCUUAAACUUUCUCUAAUGCACUGACCCAGGUAGAGGUCAACAGAGCCAAGCACAGCUGUCCCUGUUGGUGAGGAGAUACCACUCGAGAGCCCAUUGAAAAAAAAAAACCUCAAUUAAAAUCACUGUAGCCUCUGUACCACUCACCUCUCCCCUCACCCCCUAGUCCUGCGAGGAUCUUCCCCACUGUAAAUAAACACAAGUCCUGUCGAUGGUAUGAGCCAGUUGUUUGUAUAGUAGGGACAACAUCCAACAUUUUCAAAAUAAAAGUCCCUCUCCACAAGGCGUGGCUUACUACUGGAAUGUGUUGCAUUUUGUUUUUCAAGAAAAAUAAGAAAACCAGUUACAAAAAAAAAAGAAUCAAUAAUGAAUAAAAAUCUGAGAUGUUCUUCAACAGUUUGUGUUGCAAUGUAGUAACUAAGCACCAUGGAAGCCAACUAACUCUUCAGUGUAAAUAAAUAAUGAAAGACAUCUUUAGAUAAGUAAACAAAGUGACACACGUAGACUAGUUAACUUGUGAUAUGUGUUGCGCAUAUUUUUGUGUUCAUUUUCUCUCUACUAUAUUUUAUCACCCUGUAAAGAAACAAACAAAACAAAAAAAAUAUGGAAAUGUUUCUAUCCUUCUGUAACCUCUUAAUGUUCUUUUGCGGUGACCUUUUCUUGUGCAUUUGUGAAAGAAUGCCUCUCAUUCUCUUUCUGUCCAUAUGAACAAAUGAUUAUAAAUAUUAUAUAUGUGUCCGUCCGCUGCUGAAUUAAUACUAUUCUAUCCUGCUGUAUUAUCUUUCUUAUCAAAUGCUUAUCUCCCACGCUAUACCCCUGUGUUACUCUCUUAUUUUUAUGCUAAUAUUUAUAUUGCUGUUUUAUUUUCUCUUGAACACUGACAUUUCAAAUAAAACGAUUCUGAAAUCAUUUAAAAAAAAA